AUGCCAAAUCAAAAUGCUUCACCAGAAGAAUGGAAUUUAUUUUGGAAAUUAUUACACAACUAUUAUGCCAUAAUCGCUCGACCAAGAUUUGGAAAACGUACAGUGAAAAAUGAUGCAGUACCGUUAAAAUCGAUAUCACUCCUGCCUGAUCAACUACCAUCACCAGAUCAAUUACUAUCCAUUAUCAAUCAGUAUACUGAUACCAAUCAAUCUAAACGGAAUUCUUCACAUGCAUUUAAUCAUAUUGAUUAUAAUGGUAAUGGACGAAUCGACUUAAACGAACUUUAUCAAUUUUUAUAUCCAGAGCUUUUAUCAACAGAUCGUUGA